AGUCUCGCUCAUACGGCCAGUCGGGGCCUACCGUGCUGCUCGCUCUCUCCCGUUGAGCUCGCUCGCCCGGUCUCGCUCGCGCGGCGGUCUCGUGUGGCAUUCUGUCUUCGCCUUUUAUGUGCCUGUGGCUCUCGGUAUGAAGUGAAACCCCGUCCAGUGUGGAAGCAACCAUGUUAGUGCAUCCAGAGCGGUGGAGAAGAAGUUUUACCACGAUGGGAUAAUUACGUGGUUAGCGAUAAACAGAACAAGUGAACAGGCAUUGUGUUUUUUGUCUUAAGGCGCCCUAGAUCUCGCCUGCGUUUCCAGUGCGCGAGUGUUUGCGAUCCGCCUUCGUCAGGAGUGUGUGUGUAUGUAGGUGGGUGAGGACGCCGUGGGUGAGGACGCCGUAGGUGAGGACGCCGUGGGUGAGGACGUCGUGUGUGAGGAGGACACAGCAUGGGAAGUCCUUCGGGAGGAGGACCAAAAAUCGCAAGCGUCGUCAGGAGUUCUUGCGGUGCUGAAGGUACUCGGCGCGGUCUGAGGCUGUGGGACGUGCCCUAACGCAGAUACUGGAGGAAGAGAAGAGGGGAAAGGAGAGAGGAAAGGAGGAGGAGAAGGGUAGAAGAAAGAAAGGAGGAUUUAGAGAAGAGAAGAGGAGUAAAGAGAAUUGAAGAAGAUAAAGGAGAGAAGAGGAAAGAAGAAGUAGAAGGGUAGAAGAAAAGAGGAGGAUUUAGAGAAGAGGAGUAAAGAGAAGAGAAAGAGAAGAAGCGGAAGAUACAGAAGAGAAGAAGAGUAAAGAGAAUUGAAGAAGAAAAAGGAGAGAAGGAAUAGAGGAAAGGAGAAAAUAGCCAAUCGUGUCGCAGGAGGAGGACCUGUUGGUUUCUCUUUACCCAAAAGGGCGUGCAGAUCAGCCCCGAAGGACCGGUUCCUGUGGAAGGGAUUGCUGUUUGGGUGAACUGCGGCACCCCCACCCCCCACCCCCCACUCUCUCCCACGUCGCUUACCCUUCGUGGAAAGGAAAAGGGGAAGGAAGAAGAGUAAAAAGGGGAGAUUAAAGGAGCAAGGACAAGAAUAGGGAAAAAAAUAGAGAGAAAAGGAAAAGAAGAGAAGAAAAAGAGGAGAAAAAAGAGAGAAAGGAAGGAAGGAAAAAUCCCGAGGUAAAACUGUCUCGUAACUUGUUGACUUUUUUCUUCGAGGAAAGAACUGAUCGAUAGUUCCUUCUCGCAAGUUUACUUUGUCACCAGUUUCUGCCUUCGUGCUUGAGGGCGCUUCCACCGGCCAGCCUUCCCUCCCGCCAUUUCCUAACGCUUGAGGAAGAGGCGUGCGAGGGGAAGAGAAGGAGUAAAGGGAAGGCGAAGAGAAGGAGAAGGAAGGAGGAGGAGCAGAAGGGAGAGGGGUAAGGAUAGAAAAUAAAAAGAGGAAAAGAAAAGGAGGAGGAGAUAGAAGAGGUGGAGGAGGAGAAGGGAAAAGAAAUAAGGAUAAGAGAGGAGGAGAUAGAAGAGAAGGAAGAAGGAGUAUUUCCCCGUCCUGCGUGUCCCCGAGUCGGAACGAACGCCAUGGCCUCCCCCCCCCCCUGCUCGCCCCGAAGGACUUCCGUCGCACCCUAGUCUCAUCCUAGGGCGACAGUGAAGCAUCCUAGUUGCCUAGUUGCUCUCUCUCUCUCUAAAAAAAAAAAAAAGAUAAAUAAAGGAAAAAAAUCGGUGUUUUUCUUUUUUCCUUUUUUCUUUUUAUUUUUUUUUCUUUGUAAAUCGCGUGCUCUCUCGCCGUUGCUGUGAUUACAACCUGUCCAAGCACGCCGUGGGGUUUUGCAAUUUAGCGCCGGUGAAUAAAUAAGGCGGCCCCGCGAGUCUAACGAAGGAGCGAGGAAAGCGAGGAAAUUGGGAGCACAGUGCUUUGAUAAAUAGCGCUUGCAAACAACGACAAAGAAACGAAGGAAAAAGAAAGAAAGUAAGUAAAGGGGAAAAAGAUACGGAAACGGAACAACAACGAAAACAAGGAAAAAAGGAAAAGAAAGUGAGGGAAAAAUUCGUAAACGGAACAACAACCAAAAAACAAGGAAAAAGAAGAAAGAAAAGUAAGAAAGGAAAAAAAAAUACGCAAACGGAGAAGGGAAAUAAAGAAAAGUGAAAAAAGGGAAGUGGCGUAGGGGGUUUUGAAGAGAGAAAUUACCUCCCCCCCCCCCUGCACUCGCGCGUAGACACCAUGGAACCCAAGGCGAGUGCGAGUGCCUGCUGCCGCUCGCCCAAAGACGUCGCGACGGCCUUCCCCUUCCCCUUCCCCGGCGCCGACGACGUCAGGGACUUCCCCGUCAUCGUGCGGCGACGUCGGCUCUACUCGCUGGAGUAUGGCUCCGGGGGCGCGGGCAUCCCCCUGUCCCCGACGGUGCGCCGCUCCGUCGACGAGUCUACCCUGUGGCGGCGGCGCACGGGCGGCUACGCGUCGGGGGGCGUCGGGAGGCAGGCGUCGACGGAGGAAGUGCGCCGCCGCAGGGAGAGCUUCGCCUCGCUCUCCCCCCACCACCUCUCCGCCGGCUCCAUCCACCACGCCACAGGUGGAAACGAGAGCUCUAAUCUCCUGCGCAUGAGGAGUUCUCUGUUAGGCCAGUCUGCGCCGUCUCUUUCGAAUUCUUUGAAGGAGCUGAGUCUGGUCAGGCGGGGGAACAGAGUGCCUGGCCAGAGGAAGAGCUUUAUAGCCACAACUUCCCCGACUCUGCCCCGAUGCCACUCUCCACUAAGUCAAAGUAGUCCUAUGGAAUCCCCGAGGAACAUGUCUCCUCUACAACACUUUGCCUUCGCUCCUGUCAAGAGUAGAGAUGGGCGCAGGUGGUCCGUUGCUUCCCUUCCCUCUUCAGGAUACGGCACAACUCCUGGAUCGUCAAAUGUUUCUUCCCAGUGUUCCAGCCAAGAGCGCCUCCACCAGAUUGGGGGGGGAGGAGCAGGUGGUGCAGGGAGUGGUGCCAUGGGGCCAGGGAACCUCUCCAAUACAAGCUCUCCCGCCGUGGAGGAAGUCCGACACUCCCAUAUCCGCCACUUCUCCUCAGGGGAAAGCAACCCCUCGAUCGACGAUGACGGAAGGCGCUCCCCAAUGAACAGACCUCGUUCCCGAUCCCUCAGUAGUCCGAUUCGAUCGCCAGUGAUUGACAACGAGAUUAUCAUGAUGAACACUCUGUACAAAGAACGCUUUCCUAAGGCCACGCAACAGAUGGAGGAGCGAUUGAACACCUUCAUCGAGGAUAACAAGAACCUGGAGGAACAAGGAAGCUCGGACAUUGCCCAAGAUGCCGUUGCAAUUGCACGCUUCGUCCACCACCAGGUCCUGGAAAUGGCAAAGGACUGUCUGGAGAAGUCGCAGCAGAAGCUUAUCACAAGCCGAUAUUUUUACGAGCUCUCGGAGAACCUAGAGAAGCUCUUGUGCGAGACAAGAGACAAGUCCCCAGAUGCUGCGGCACACCUGACGUCCCUAAUCAAGAAGCUUCUCUUGAUUGUGUCAAGGCCGGCCCGACUCUUGGAAUGCCUCGAGUUUGACCCUGAAGAGUUCUACCACUUGCUCGAGCAGGCUGAGGGUCAAGCCAGGACCAGCCAGGGCAUCAAGACAGACAUUCCUCAGUAUAUUAUCACGAAGCUUGGCCUUAACCGAGACCCCUUAGCUGAACUGAGCGAUGAUUUAGCCGGGGACGGAGAUGCCGAGGACAGUGCUGGUAGUGGCACAAGCACCUCGGGAGUGAGCGGGGGAGCCCAGCCUAAGGUCCCCAGCUCGGAGUACUCCCCUGAACAGUCUUCCACGCACUCGACUACUCCGCCUUCCAAAAGCACCCCUAAAGAAGAGGACUACGAGAAUGUAAAGCUCAUCUCAAAUGGGGCGUACGGAGCAGUGUAUUUAGUGCGCCACAAGUUAAGCAAGGAGCGGUUUGCUAUGAAGAAGAUCAGCAAGCACAAUCUCAUGCUGAGGAAUCAGGUGGAACAGGUAUUCAAUGAACGUGAUAUUAUGAGCUUCACUGACAACCCCUUUGUGGUGUCAAUGAUCUGUAGUUUUGAAACCAAGCGGCACCUCUGUCUUGUAAUGGAGUAUGUCGAAGGGGGAGACUGUGCCACACUGCUGAAGGCUAUGGGGCCCUUCCCGCCGGACAUGGCACGCUUCUACUUUGCUGAGACAGUUCUGGCUGUUGAAUAUUUGCAUAGCUACGGCAUUGUACAUAGGGAUCUUAAACCUGAUAACCUGUUGAUCACUGCCUUGGGACACAUCAAGCUGACUGACUUUGGUCUGAGCAAGAUGGGAUUGAUGUCACUGGCCACCAAUUUGUAUGAAGGAUACAUUGACAAAGAGACUCGUCAGUUCUCUGAUAAGCAGGUGUUUGGAACACCUGAAUAUAUUGCACCAGAAGUAAUUUUGAGACAAGGAUAUGGCAAACCUGUUGACUGGUGGGCCAUGGGAGUGAUUCUGUACGAGUUCCUCAUUGGAUGCGUCCCCUUCUUCGGUGAAACCCCAGAGGAACUCUUCGCUCACACAGUCAAUGAUGAUAUAGAAUGGCCGAGUGAGGAUGACUGGCCUGUGGCAGAGGAUGCUAAGGAUCUUAUCACAGCCUUGCUUCACCAUUCACCACUGGAUCGGCUAGGGACAGUGGCAGGUGCCGUGGAAGUCAAGGAACAUCCUUUCUUCAUCACAAUUGACUGGGACUCUCUGCUGAGAAUGAAGGCUGAGUUUGUACCUCAGCUCGACCAUGAAGAAGAUACUAGCUAUUUUGACACCCGACUUGACCGGUACAACCACGAGCUGGAAGAAGACAGCGAAGAAGGUGGAGAGCCUGAGGGAGGGACGUUCCCCUCCUUCUCCUCUUACUCACCCAGAUACCACAAAAUUACUUCCUCACACUCAACAGAUACUGGGCAGCUGGAUACUAGUUUCCAGGGGGAGACCUCGGGAGAAGGAGGAGGCGAGGGUGAAGCAGGACAGAGCAGUGUUUCCCGAGGAGAUUCGGGCCACAGUGAUCAGUCAGAGUCAUCGCGCUCAACGCUAGAGUCGUCAACCAACACUCCUGACACAGAAAAUCAUGACCUGCCUGCUACUCCUGAUGUCAUCAAGAGCAAACUGGAGGGUGGUCCUGUCUGCCAGAGCACACCUGAGUCUUCACAAACAGAGAGUGAGGACGUCUCGCCACAAGUCCAGAGGAGACGGAGGUUGCACUCCCACAGUCGCGAUUCCCUCCCGCGCUUCUCCAUAUCUGGGGAGGAAGAGUGGCUCAGUUUGCUUUUCCCCAGCAUGGAGGGAGGGAGCUUGCGUGAGCUCUCCCCAGUUGAUGAGAAGCCUGGAGCAUCAGAGAGACUGCCGAUGCCAAGGGUGAACAUCCCUCCAUCAUCACCUGCCUUCAAACAUAGGUCGCGACCCGUCAUCAAGAGUGCUUCUGCGACUGGAUUAUCCUUGAUGAUUCCUUCCGAAGAUUGUAUGCCUCAGCCAGUUCAGUCACCUGGAGGAUCAAGCACUGCCUCUUCCCGUGACGCCUCACCCUCGAGAGAGAUUUCCCCGCUCGUCAACUCUCUCAAACCCCCAACAAUCAUCCGCCGAGGCCCCCAGGGCUUUGGUUUCACUAUCCGAGCCAUUAGGGUUUACUUUGGGGAUUCAGACUAUUACACUGUGCAUCAUCUUGUCAUGGAUGUUGACCAGCGUAGCCCGGCCUUCGAAGCUGGCCUGCGUCCAGGUGACCUCAUCACCCACAUCAACAGUGAGCCAAUUCAGGGGAUGUUCCACACUCAGGUGGUGACACUUCUGAUGAGCUCAUCAGAUCACGUCUCAUUAAGGUCCAUGCCCCUUGAUCAGACUUCGAUAAGAACUGUAGGUGGAAGGAAGAGACACCCUGGAGCGUCGAAGCUGGCCAAGCGCUUGCCGGCUCGACACAGGAGGCCCAAGAAAGACUCCGAGAAGAGACGGAAGACCUCACUCCUAAGGAAAGUCUCCAACAAGCGCGUCUCUGCUGAAAUUCAACAGCUGACUACUCCACAGUCGGCUCCUGUUUUAUCUCCUGAUUUUGUGCCUCAGUUCUCAACCACCUUGCUUGCUGCUUCAGCAUCGCCACCAAUGUUAACACCAAGCCGCAGCUUCCAGUCAUUAAAUCGCUCAGUGUCAUCUCAGGAUAGCAUCCCCAACUCCCCAACGCACUGCAAAUCCCCACACUCCCCGCCAACGGCCAGGCUUUUCUCUGGGACUGGGGACCAGGUUCAGUCUCCAAUCAACUCCUCUGGGUCUUCAUCUCCAACCUCUUCUGUGCCCAACUCGCCCGCAGGGUCAUCAACACUCCACCAGCGCCCAUCGUCCCUGCAUGUCAUCAACCACAAAGUAACCAACGUGAAAAGCUUCCGGUCCCCCAAUAGGCGGAAAUCCGUUGGCCAUAUUCCUUUGUCUCCUCUGGCUCGCACACCAUCCCCUUCCCCUUUACCAGCUUCUCCUACAAGGUCCCCAUCUCCCCUUAUUCAUCAGCACAAUCAUCACCACCACCACCACCAUCACCACCAUCACUGUCCAGGCUCCUCAAACACUACCCAGAGCUAUUCCCCUGGCUCAUCCCUCACACCUGGACCAGCCACCAAAAAGUGUUUAGGGAGACCCAAGAGUGCUGAGCCAGGCUCACCACUCUUGCGCAGAGCUCUUUCACCAGAUCGACUUCAUCCCAGGUCAGCCGAGUCCAAGGGCACACCAACCAUUAGCCCACUUGCUACCCCCUCCCCCAAGAUGGUAAGUAAUCCUCCGAGAGUAACAGUAACUUCUCAGUCCCCUCCAAAUUACGAUACUCCAAGUGUGGUCAGGUCUGCAGCACCCACACUGCUUACUCAGCGCUUCAGCAGUGCAGUAAGCAUGCCUCCUGCAUUGCCCACCAGCACACUGGAAGAGGCACCAGAAGAAUUGGAUUCCCCGGAAUGUCCAGAAAUGCCACAAACAAAUUUUUGUGAAGGCCCCCAGGGAGGCAGAGGAUCACUGCCAGGGACCAACAGUGCUGGUUGUGGGGGCAUAUCAGCUUCAGGGAGUGUCUCCAGCAAAGAGGGUUCUCAGGCAAGCAUAACCACACAAAGUAAGCAUGGGCCAUGUUGUGCAAUUGAAAGGAAAGGUAGUAAGGGCCAAGCAGAUGCCAAGGAAAAGGCUCGCAGUGAUAGCCGCGGACGCAGAGAGUCCAGAGACUUGCGUGGUAGAGAGGAAGAGAGGCGAGAUCCUCGAGACUUGCGUGGCCGAGAAGAGGAAAGGCGAGAUCCUCGGGACUUGCGCUCCAGAGAAGAGGAAAAACGAGACUGCAGAGACUUCCGCAGCAGAGAGGAAGAGAGCAAAAAAGACUCCAGAGACCAACGCAGUAGAGAAGAAGACAAGAGAGAUCCUCGACGCACAGCACAGGAAAAGAGGGAACUGUUUAAGGCUGGGAAGGAAAAAGAGGGCACCUCCUAGGGUUGGCCCUCCGCUGGCCUGCCCACAGCUCCUAGUGGCACUCAGUCGUGCCUCCAACACUUAUGCGUGUUCUGGGCAGGACCGCGGCAUGCCCUCUGUGAAAAGAAGCAAGGAGACACUUGAAGCCUGUGAUGAUACCUUUCUCUCUCUCACUUUCUCUCUGGACAAGUCUUAAUAAACUAAGGAAGUAGCCAAGCUACUAAAAUCAUUCCUGGUGAUUGUUGGUAUGUGUAAAGUUGUGUGGAGUUGUUGUGAUGCCACAAGGCAUGGUUGUGUUGCUACCAUUGUGAUAUUACAGAGACCAUGACAGUCUCAAGCUUGUGUGUCUAAUACAGUCAACUAUAAUUAGACACUCAUAUAUUUUGGUCCCUGUCAUUCUGUAAAUACUUUAUUGUCCUGUCUUCUUUAUCUCAGAUUUUUACGUUUUUACUUACAACUGAAGUUAAAUGUGUUAUAACUGCAGAUUAUGAAUAUUAAUGUACUCAUUCAUUUGUCAUGUUCAUGGAUUUUUUUCCAAUAUUGUGUAUAUUUUGUCCCUCAUUGUCAUGUUGCUGUUCAACCUCACAGUUGCCAUGUUGGAGGUGUCAGGUGGAAAUAAGAUGAUUGGGAAAAUAUUGUUUCCAAUCUGCUCCCCUCAGGUUAUAGGAAUUACCAAGUAAAAGGUUAAUGGCUGUGGUUUUGAAGAAGCUCUUGGUGACAUUGUCUUCUGCUUGUGUUUCCUCGCUGUUGAAGGAUGUUGUUGUUAUCAUGUGUACUUAAAAUGGAAUAGUUUUUUCCCCACUACAUACUUGGGUGCCUCACCAUAUGCAUAUAUGUACAUGCAUCAAAAUGAAAUCUUCAUUAGAUUUUCAUACUUUGGUUUACAUUGUAAGGCACCAUUGGCACAUUAUGUGUAUAGCAUUAGUUUUGUGAGGUACUUUAGUGUUACUAAAAAAAAAAAAAACAUUAAUAGAUUUGGGAGAUUUUAGCAGGAUCUUUCACAUUGUGAAUACUUGCCCUUGAGCCACUCUUUGUGUGUGUGUGAGGAUUAAUAUUGAGAAAAGCAGUUUACAUGUAAAGGUCACCAGAAUUUCCCAUAGGUGAUGUAUGAGGUAUAUGUUAUUUUCAUGGAUACCAUGAUGCUUCCUUUAUGCAUUUGUCAUCCAAGACCACAUUUAGGGUCAGGUAAUGUUUGAAGCUUUUAUCUAGCAGUAGUAUGUCAUACAAAUGACACCAGUCUCCCAUUAGAUAGCAAUGAGGAAAAUUUGUAUAUUGUGUAGAAACAAUUUGUAAAAGAACUCUUAUUUUCUGUGUAUAGUGUUCCUAGUUUAUAAAUUAUUGAUAUUUAAUGAUCAUUUUCUGGACUUGUGAUUAGUGAGUACAGUACCCCUGCUAUCGUCAUUCACCAGAGCAAUUAAGAGGGACCAGUGGCUCUACAGCUCACUGUUUGGGAGUACAAGAAGUCUUCCCGAAGAAAAAAAACCAGUGAAUGGAAUCUUACCUUUACUACACAAUAGCUCAAAAAAAUCACCGAAACAAGGAAAUAAAGAAGUGAUUGUUUUUUUUUCUGCUCUUGAGAAUUAUCACUUGAGAGGAUGUCCAAAAGUUGCAUUGUUUUCUGCCACUGGUCAAAGAGGUAAUGCUAGGGACCACUAGUAGGACUAGCUCCAGUACUAGCAGGAGGUACUUGGAAGAUCUGUAUUAUGGCUUUUAUUUCUACUUUUUUCCUCUGCUGAGUAUCUUGUUAAAGGUAUUGAUAGUAUUCAUUGUUCCUGAAUUUCCUUCCUUUGAACUUUGAACUCUCAGUAUACAUAUUUAUGAAGGAAUCAUUUUAUCGAUGUACCAUAUAUGGAUGUAGAGUUCAGUUUUCUUGUUAAAAUUGACUUUUGGGUAUGUCAUAUUCCUACAUUGGGCUUGAUAUUGAUGAUUUGUACAUUUGUCAGAUACUUCAAUGUUAUUUCCCUAGCAGAACUGAGCUAAGUGUGGGUGGCUAGCAGGAAGGCUUGGCCAAAUAGCCUAAAGAAAAAAAAUAAAAACUUAGAAAAAAAAAAAAAAUACUGAGUUUAUUAUAUUUGUCUGUUUCAAUCUCGUGGAAUGUAUUUUGUUAUUAUAGCAUAAUAUAACGAGAGGUAGAAGUCACCGAGGUGGCUGUUCCUGCACCCUGGUAAAACACAGCCAAUGUGUUAUGAUUUCAAGGUUGAUUUGUUGCCAGAGCCCCUGAGUCACGUCCCAGUCAGUGAGGACAGACUCGAGUACCACUUUCAUAUCCAACAUGGUUGCUACGUCUUCACACAUCCCAUGUUUUCUAGAUAUUAAUAACUUAGAGAAAAUAAACUGUCAUAGUAUA